AUGUCCUAUGCAGGAAUCUCCAGUGUCAUCCCAGCUUGGUUUUGGACUCGAUCACUUAGUACUGUAGAUCUAUCUCACAACCAAAUCAUUGGUAGUAUUCCAAGUUUACAUUUUUCAUCAAUCAAUCUUGGCUCAAACAAUUUUACUGAUCCACUGCCCCAAAUCUCUUCUGAUGUAGAAAGACUAGACCUCUCCAAUAAUUUAUUCUGUGGAUCUCUUUCACCCAUGUUGUGUCGGAGAACUGAUAAAGAAGUAAAUUUAUUGGAGUCUCUAGACAUCUCAGGAAAUCUUCUGUCAGGAGAACUUCCCAAUUGUUGGAUGUAUUGGAGAGAAUUGACGAUGUUAAAAUUGGGAAAUAAUAAUCUGACGGGACAUAUACCUAGCUCCAUGGGUUCUCUAAUUUGGCUCGGUUCAUUGCACUUGCGCAACAACCAUCUCUCCGGAAAUUAUCCACUUCCAUUGAAAAAUUGCUCUAGUCUAGUGGUUCUAGACCUUAGUAAGAAUGAAUUCACUGGGACGAUACCAGCAUGGAUGGGGAACUUCAAUGGAAAGUUCAUUGAAAUAUUACCAGGGGAUGGUGAGAUUACAUAUACACCGGGUCUAAUGGUUCUUGUCCUUCAUUCAAAUAAGUUCAAUGGAAGUAUUCCUCUUGAACUUUGCCACCUUCAUUCCCUUCAAAUCCUGGACUUGGGAAACAACAAUCUCUCCGGAACCAUUCCCAGAUGCUUUGGUAAUUUCAGCAGCAUGAUCAAACAAUCGAAUUCAAGUUCCCCCUUUCCUUUUCAUAAUGAACGUUAUUUUGAAUCGGGAUCAACCGACACAGCAACACUGGUUAUGAAAGGAGUAGAGUACGAGUACAGCAAUAUUCUUGGCCUCCUAGCUGGCAUGGACCUCUCAAGCAAUAAGUUAUCUGGUGAGAUCCCAGAAGAACUCACAGGUCUCCAUGGUUUGGUAUUCUUGAACCUGUCUAAUAACCAUCUCCAAGGGAAGAUUCCUGUGAAGAUUGGGGCCAUGACAUCAAUGGAGUCUCUUGAUCUCUCCAUGAACAGACUUUCUGGUGUUAUUCCUCAAGGUAUGGCAAAAAUAUCAUUUUUGAGCCAUUUAAAUUUGUCAUACAACAAUUUGCGUACAUGA